GUCCGCCAUUGACGCCUCAGUCACAGUCUCCAUUAACAAAGUUGGAGGUGGCGUCGGACCUAUAUUUUCCGUACAUCUUUCGUACUUGACUUUAAUUUGGGACAAAAACAACAUCGAAUCGUCCUUCACUGAAUUACCCUUUCAUUCAAAUUUCUUCGAAUCAGCUACUAAAUAAUGUCAUUCCGAGACCGUGAUCGCAAUGACAGACGAGGAGGUGGAGGUGGCAGCGGCGGUGGUAGAGGCGGAAGCGGAAGUCGUUUUGGCAGCAAUCGUGACAGCGGUCCAAACAGAUACGGGGGUGGCAGCGGGGGUGGAAGAGAUAGCGGUGGAUUUGGCAAUUCGUCUUUCAAGAACCGACAGCCAGGAGAACGUUUGCGAAAGCCCAGAUGGGAUAUGGGUACAUUACAACCGUUUAGGAAAGAUUUUUAUGUGCCACAUCCACAAGUCGUGUCACGAGAUCCGCACAAAGUAGAGGCUUAUCGUUCGGACAAAGAGAUCACAGUAAAGGGGAACGCAAUACCCGGACCGGCAAUAUAUUUUGAGGAAGGAGGAUUUCCGGACUAUGUCAUGAGUGAAAUUCGCAGGCAAGGUUUUGAGGCCCCCACCGCGAUACAGGCUCAAGGCUGGCCGAUCGCUUUGUCAGGGCGCGACAUGGUUGGCAUCGCUCAGACGGGUUCGGGCAAAACUUUGGCUUACAUAUUACCUGCGAUUGUGCACAUUAAUAACCAACCGCGUUUGAAUCGAGGGGACGGACCAAUUGCUCUUGUUCUCGCUCCCACGAGAGAAUUGGCCCAACAGAUUCAGCAGGUAGCCGCUGACUUCGGAGUGUCCUCGCAGGUGCGGAACACAUGUAUAUUCGGUGGUGCCCCAAAAGGACCGCAAGCUCGCGAUCUUGAACGAGGCGUUGAAAUCUGCAUUGCCACACCCGGGAGACUGAUAGAUUUUCUCGAACGUGGCACCACGAACCUCCGGCGUUGCACUUAUCUCGUACUCGACGAAGCCGAUCGUAUGCUUGAUAUGGGCUUCGAACCUCAGAUACGUAAGAUAGUCGAACAAAUACGACCUGAUCGACAGACUCUCAUGUGGUCCGCCACUUGGCCCAAAGAAGUCCGGAACUUGGCCGAAGAAUUCCUUACUGAUUACAUACAAAUCAAUGUCGGCUCGCUACAACUCGCGGCCAAUCACAAUAUCCUUCAGAUCGUUGAUGUCUGCGAGGAAUACGAAAAAGAAGGAAAACUCAUGAAAUUGCUCGAAGAAAUCUCGAACGAGCCUGAAAAUAAAACUAUCAUUUUUGUCGAGACCAAGAGAAAGGUCGACGACAUCACAAGAGCCAUUAAUCGAUACGGAUGGCAAGCUAUUGGUAUUCACGGAGAUAAAAGUCAGCAAGAGCGGGAUUACGUUCUCAAUCAAUUUCGAAAUAGCAGAUCGGCGAUUCUCGUGGCAACGGAUGUUGCCGCACGAGGUUUAGAUGUGGAGGACGUGAAAUUUGUGAUUAAUCUGGACUACCCCUCGAACUCGGAGGACUACGUACAUCGUAUCGGACGUACUGGACGCUCGCAACGCACCGGAACGGCCUAUGCUUUCUUCACUCCUGGUAACGCACACAAAGCCAACGAUCUCAUUGAGGUUCUUGACGAGGCUAAACAAGUCGUUAAUCCAAAGUUGUACGAUUUGUCAAGAAAUCCGGGGAAUUUCAAGAGAGGUCGAUAUGGUGGACGUAGCGGCGGCGGAGCGGGUGGUUCCCGAGGUUUUGGCAGUCGAGGUGGUUCACGUGGAGGAUCACGCGGUGGUCGCGAUAUGGGCGAUCGUGGGAGAUCCGAUAGGGGUGGAGAUCGUGGAAACAAAUGGGGUAACAGCAAUAGUGGUGGGAUGAGUGGUGGAUAUGGCGGUAACAGCAGUAAACCAUUCCAACAGAGCGGCUACGGUGGUGGCUCCGGUAGCGGAGGUGGUUACGGUCAAAAUGGUAAUUCGUACGGAAGCGGUGGAGGUUACGGACAACGGAACGGCUAUUGACCGACUGUCGCAUAGUAAGACAAACUAUGCGGAUCAAUGUGUAAAUUAACGAGAGAAAAAGAGAGAGAGAGAGAGAGCGGGGAACACAGGCGCAUCUUGAAGUAGAGAGGAAAAAACAAUCGUGGAAUUAUGUGAUGAAAAACACAUAAAGCAAUGGGAGACAAAAAGAACGAAAAAAUAAUUGGAGCAGUGAACGAAUGGCAGCAAUGACACGAGUGAUCGGAGACAUUGAUUCUCUAACGCAUUCUCAAACUCAGAUUUAUUCGCGAAUACGACUAUCUUCCUUUUAGAAUAUAACUUCGCACUUCCCGUUCCCCUUUGUAUUUAAGAAUAACCGAAAAAAAAUAACGCUGUUAUGAAAAAAAAAAAAGAGAAAAUCAUUAAAUGAAAAACCACAACAAAGCGAGACUAUAUUUAGUGACUGAGAUACAUUUAUGAAAGAAAAUAUGUGAGUUGUAGUUGUGUAUAAGAAAUAUAAAUAAAUGGCAGCAAAAAGAAACAAA